UUAUAUUUUCUUUCUCAGUUGCAUUGUUCUAUAGCUAUACUAAGUCCUGGGAGUUCAGCCUAUAGUUUAAUUUUAAAAGUGCAUUUAGGCGUCCGUGCCCAAGCCUCGCGGGUCUGCGGCCGCAGCGCCAGGUGCCGGAGCUCGAGGGGCGUGGUUUGGGGUCGGGCCGGCUGCCGGCCCGGGAGUCAGGACAAGUUCGACGCCAUCAUGAUGGCGGAUGAGAGGUUUCACGGGGAAAGGUAUCAGGAAGGCUAUGAAGAAGGAAGUAGUAUGGGUAUGAUUGAAGGAAGACAGUAUGGCACGUUACAUGGAGCUAAAAUCGGAUCUGAGAUCGGGUGCUACCAAGGUUUUGCUUUUGCUAGGAGAUGUCUCCUGCACGGUUCCGCCACUGAGAAAGACAGCAAAAAGAUGAAGGUCUUAGAAUCGUUGAUUGGAAUGAUUCAGAAAUUCCCUUAUGCUGACCCUACUUAUGAUAAACUUCACGAAGACUUAAACAGAAUUAGAGGGAAAUUUAAGCAGCUUUGUUCAUUACUAAACGUUCAGCCCGACUUUAAAAUUAGUGCACAAGGUUCCAGACUUUCAUAUUGAGGAUGACAGAUGCACAAAGACGAAACAUCAAGGAACAGAUGUUCGUAUGUUAAGUGUUUAAAAAUGUGAUUAAAGGCAAAACAAUGAUGGGGGAUUCAUUGUUUUGCAGGGAGGGUUCCAGCUUGGCCUGUGAACAGGCUUCCUUCCCCCGAGGUCUGCUGGGUCGCCUCGGUGCCCCCCAUGGGGCCCCUCCACACAAGCCCGUCCUUUGUUGGGCCCUGUCUGCUCUGCUGUGUGAACAUGGCCCUGGCAGAGCCCUCGCAGGGCUGCUCUUCUCUGGUCCAGGGUCCAGGCCGCUGGCUCACGGGUUCUCAUCACCUGGCAGGCCUGGCUGGAUCUAGACUCCGGUUGGCUCUGGAUAGGAUAAACCUCCCCUUUACCCCCUGGGCUUUGGUCAGUGCUCAGAGGGACAGUUUUUUAAAAAAUGAGAGCCACAGGGUUGACACGAAGCAGGUUAAUGGGAAGGAGUGAUGGGUUCUGUGACAUUUAUUGACCCUAGAGAUGUGCCAGUGCUGUGACCUGCUUCUCAUGUUUUAUUUAGUCCCUUCAGGAACCCAUGAGGUGGGCGUUAUUCCCAUCUUAUAGAUGAGGAAACUGAGGCCCAAGAGACUGCCUGAUCCAAGGGCACUGGGUGGCAGAGUUGGGACUCCAGCCCUGUCUCCUGGUGCCCGCUCUGGAACGCACAGUCACACCCACAGGCUUGGGGUUCCUGCUUGCAGGUCCCUGCUAUGCCCCGUGGAGUCCUGGGGCAUCGUCCCCUGUGGCCAUGGACGUGGGCAUCUGGCUGAGAGGAGAGGCCAGCCCUGUCCCCAGGGAGCCAGGAUGUGCUCUUCCCGUGUCCCCUGGUGGGUGGGGCUCUGCAGCAUCAAAAAUGGUCAAGAGGAGGAGACUUUAAGGCCAUCCUUCUAUGUGCAGAAACUUAGGAGCCUUACUGCAGCCUUCCUUUUAGUGUGAGUUCUUCUGUCUUCUGCCGGACUUAAAAGGCAUCAUCUGUACAUACCAUACGGCCUCAGAUGCCCCUUUGUCACAGACACCAGCAGCGCUUAUCUCUGGCUAGUGGGAUGGAGGGGUUUUUGUUGUCAUUUUCCUGGGUGGAUUUUUGUGCUCCCUGAACUAUCUGUUUGGAUAAUGUAUUAUUUUUAUAAUUGGAGAAAAAAUAAACAGCAUAUUUUAAAGCAAAAAAUAAGUGCAUUUAUGUGACUACACAGUAUUUUUCACUGCAGAGCUGGUGUUCACUAUAAUUACAUUUCUUUUGUAUUCAGUCUUUUCCAUUUUUCCUGAAGUUUCUGUCUUUUAAUGUUCUUGCACUUUUUGCCUUUGUUUCAUAAUGACAUUUUUCCUUAACCUCUUCUGCCCAUCAGGGAUCAGGUGUUCUGUUGAACCCCUUUUCUCUGUGGAGUUUCUUUGCAGUGUCCUCCAUGGUGCUGCUCCAGUCUGGACUCCUUCUCUCUGCACCUAUUGUCAGCCUCAGACUUCCUGACACUGCUUUCCCUGGUUGGAUCCACUGUUGCCUAUAUCCCGUUCUCCUUUUUUUCUUGGUAUAUUUACUCCCUAGUUUUACUUGAAUAUAUCCUAAGAAAUAAUGUGCGGGAAGUAAACUUCCUUUCACUUUGGCAAUUUACUGUUCUCAUCUUCAGUUUAGUAAACAGUUGCAUUGCUUUUGACUCUAGAUUAUCACUUUUCUACUUUCUAGGGAUACAGCUGCAAAAUCUGAUGCAUUUUGAUUCUUAUUCCUUUGCAGAUGGUCUGUGUUUCCUCCUCCAUUUUGGAAGCUUUUAAGAUCUUUUCUCUUUACCCUUGGUGUUCUGAACUUUGCGAUGGUGGGUCUAGAUGUGUGUGCUGCCAGAGGUGCUUCCAAAGGCAGAGGCACAGGGAGAAAUACCCUGGCUUCCCUCUUCCUCUGCCCCCCAGUCUCUUGCCAGUGCCCCCACUGGCCAGCUCCCCCUGGGAGCGGGCAGACCUGAGAGCCUGGGAAACAUUACCUGGAGGAGUCACAUCUAGGAAUACAGAGCAGGGCAGGGGAAGGGCAAGGGCAAGGGAUAAAUCUGAAGGCAGACAAGCCCAGGACCAGGGCAAUUAAGAUGACAAAAUGUCAUACAGAAUACAAUCUCACUUUGCUUUUUAUGGUUUUAAAGGUUAUAAAAGUAAAACAUACUAGUUGUACAAAUUCAAACAAUAUGUAGGUCUCCAUUAAAAAGUGAAAGUCCUCAUGCACAGCCCACCCAUGAUACUCCCUGACCCAGAGAAUAACACUGUGGGUUUCAGUAGAGAUCCUAUCUGUGCAUUUACAAGCUUUAUAGACACAGGCACAUGGGAUAUGUACAUAACACAUUCUCACUGUUUCUUUUAUAUCCCCUUUGCUCAAUUCUGUCAGGCUGAUUAAGUUCUCAUGUUUCCUUUGUCUUCUUUAAGUAGAUUAGAAAUUAUACAGCUAUUUUACAGUUUUGACUCAAAUAGUUCAAUGAAAUAUUCUAUAUAAAAAUAUAUAUGUAUAUAUACAAUAUGAUGUGUCUCCAUUACUCAGCCUAAGAUGUAACAGUAUUGCUGAAGUAUCCAGAAAGCCCCCUAAAUUAUAACCCCCUCCCACCCAACAACAACCACUAAUCUGAAUGUUGCUUUUCUUAAAACUAUAUUUUAAACUAUAUGUUAUUUUUAAAUACUAUACUGGUAACUAAUUGUGGUGGGUUUUUUAAACUUAUAUGAAAGGUGACAUAUCAUAAGUAUUCUUAUACAACUUGCAAUUUUUACUCAAUGUUAUGACUUUUUGUUAGAUUCAAACAUAUUCCUAUGAAACUAUAAAAUAUUAUCAAGAAAAUUUUUUUUAAUUCAUAAAUGGAGAGAGAUACCUUCUCUUCUGACAUCUUAAGAAAGAUGUCAUUUCUCCCCAAAUUAAUCUAUAGAUUCAAUGUAAUCCCAAUCAAAUUGCCAGCAGGCUUCACUGUAGA